AUGUCUCUUCGUAUCGUUUCCCUCUGGUCUUCAAUUGCCAGCUCAAGCGCCGUGCUCCUCAAGCGGUUGCAAACCUGCUUUUGCACUCGCCCACUGCCCACCAAUUCUCUCACUGCAUUACCGCCCGCAUUAAAUUUUGAUCACACCGACGAUGUAAUCAGCAAUCGCCUUCGCUCGCUCAACUUGUACUGCACUGAGCACCACUUGCAAGUAACACGUCGUAUACGUGAUAUCGAGCAAUUGAUACUGGUCACUUUUCUUGACGCAUUUCAGCAAAUCCUAGCGACGCCCGAUCCUGCUGCUGGUUCGCGGCCAAAAUCAGAGUAUAUCAGUCUCUUGGUUCGCGAGUUCGAGCGACUCUAUCGACUUCAGCUUGAUUCUCUUUUCAACACACUCUCUAAGCCUGUUCGCUCUACACAAGGCAUUCGCCCUGCACCCAAGGCGGUCGGUGGGCGACGUCAGGGACGUCCACAUAUCUUCACCAAGCACCAAACGUCUGUUUUACACGAGUUACUCCAGUACGACGAUAAACUGACGCCGGCAGAGAAGACUUUUGUUGGGGAACGCCUUGGACUUUCUAAAGAUCAAGUCAACCGUUGGUCAGACUGGGAUAGCGAGCUCUCACCUAUCAGCGAUAGAACCGAUUACCCCAUCCACCCUCGUGAGCCUCGCGUGUGCAUACCCGUUUUUUGUUUGCAAGCUGACCGCUUUGAAUUGCAGGAACAUGGUUUGCUUGAUCCGCGACUGAGGGAAUGGGAAAAUGACCCCUCCCAAUCGCUUGACAAGCCCAUCAAUAGUAUCAACUCCUACCAAAGUGUCCUUGACUGCAGCGGAUCGAAUGGUUCCAUCACUCAAUCGAUGCGUCCGGUCACACCUGGCUCAAGUCUCUCUCUCAAUUCUCAGCGAACCUAUUUGGAUUCGCUUUCCGAGGGAUGUGUUGUACCAUCUUGGAAUACGAGCUCAAUGUUUGACUCUCCUGUGCCUCCUGGAUUAUCCAAUAAGGACGAGACAUCGCCCACCGUAUUCAAUGCGCCUGCUUCACCGUCAACAUCAUCUCUUCUGUCGUCAUCAUCGGCUUCUUUGACUCUGACUCCACCCUCGCAACUUUCACCCAGUUCCCAUGACAUUCUUCUUACUCCCACCCCGCCUUUACAAGAAAUUCCUUCAAAUUUGACCACGGGGAAAGAUGUUCCAUCGCCUUUGCUAUCCGAUGAUUUUCCUGAUCUUUUUCUUUUUAAUUCCUUUGAUCAUGAAGCUAUUUUCAACUUUUAUUCAGGUUGUACUCAGACGCAGCAUGCCUCUUGA